GUUUCUGCACUGAAGAACAGAUUGAAGAAAGUCUCUACAACCACUGGAGAUGGCGUUGCAAGAGCAUUUCUAAAAGCACAAGCAUCUUUCUUUGGGAGCUACAGAAAUGCCCUGAAAAUUGAACCUAAAAAAAAGGACAGAAGCAGGUUGCCAGUAAAGGGUCUGUUCUGCCUGAUCAACUCAAAAAUUCAUGUUGAGGGUGAACCCAUCACUUUUUGUGAAGAAACAUUUGUGUCCCAUCGUUCUGCUGUCAUGAGGCAGUUUCUUCAGAACGCCAUUCAGCUCCAGCUCUUUAAGCAGUUCAUUGAUGGCCGUCUGGAUCUUCUUAACUCUGGAGAAGGCUUCAGUGAUGUUUUUGAAGAAGAGAUAAAUAUGGGAGAAUAUGCAGGUAGUGACAAAUUGUACCACCAGUGGCUCUCUACAGUAAGGAAAGGAAGUGGAGCCAUUUUAAACACAGUAAAGACCAAGGCUAACCCUGCCAUGAAGACUGUCUAUAAGUUUGCAAAAGAUCAUGCAAAAAUGGGAAUAAAAGAAGUGAAAAACCGCUUGAAGCAAAAGGACAUUGCUGAGAACGGGUGUUCUGCAGCGCCAGAGGAAGCUCUACCAAGGACAGCGCCUUCUCCAUUGGUUGAGAAGAAGGACCCCAAAUUAAGAGAAGACAGAAGACCAAUCACAGUACAUUUUGGUCAGCAGCAAAGACUCCGUCCGCCUCGGCCACCGCCUCCAAAGAUACAGCGUUCAUCUAGGCCCGUUCGCCCGCCAAGACCUCAUGUUGUUAAGAGACCCAAGAGCAAUAUUGCUGUGGAAGGACGAAGGACUUCUGUUUCUAGUCCAGAACAGCCUCAGCCGUACCGGGCCCUGAAAGAAUCUGAUAGUGCCGACGGGGAAGAGGCGGUCAGUCCAGAAAAAUCAAAAGAGCCUCUGCCUCCAAGCCCUCUGCUCUCCAGCAAGGCCACAGAAAUCAACCUCCUCGAAGACAUUUUCCCUAACUUAGAAGUCGAAACACAGCCUCAGCCUCUCAGCCAAGCUAAGAGCCUAGAAGACCUGCGGACUCCCAAAGAAGAGGGGGAUCAGCGAUGCACGUUUGAUUACCAGAGAAUGGAUCUUGGUAUGUCUGAGAGGAACAGGAUUGUGCCAACCAUGAAGCUGUCUCACGCUUACAACAAGCUGUGGAGUAUGGGUCACGAUGAUAUGGCUAUUCCUACCAAGUAUUCCCAAAGCUCACCGGAACGGCCCUUGACUGCACUUGGUAACAUGCCCCCAAUCGCAAGGAGACCCUGGAGCAGAGACAGCAUUCCGGCUCCUGCAGAAAAGGAUGAAUCCAAUCCUGCCAUUCAAGGGAACAUCACCAUUCCUAGGCCACAGGGAAGAAAGACUCCUGAACUGGGGAUAGUGCCACCACCGCCAGCACCCAGGGCUUCCAAGCACCAGACUCCAGCUGGACCAACAGAAACUCUCACCGCCCACGCUACAGGACGUAGCCAUUUGGUUUCAGAUCUCAUCCCAGAGCCCUUCGGAGCUGGUAAUGUGUCCUUAGACCCUGAAAUCCAGCAGUCUGUAAAUUAUUCCUCUCAUCCGUCUCAGCUUUUGUCCAGUGCUACCAGCACUGCUGAGAUGCUCCAACCUGUCAAGGUGAAGACAGAUAAUACAGGUAACGAAAGCGACUACCUUCUAAAUCUCCUGGAUCCAUUAAAAACAGCCAGCUGGCAAAGCAGCGGCCCACCGCAAGGUCCCCGCAGCCUGCAAAGCUCAGCCACCCCACCUUCUGCAGCUGGCUUUGUCUCAGUGGCAAGUGACUUCGUGUCUCCUCCAGCUGCACCAUUUGUGCAGCCGCUUGGUUAUCCUGCCCCAGCACCACCACCUUUUUUGCAGCCAUCUCCUAAUCCGUUUACGCAAACAGUGCCAGGAGCCCUUUCGGUGUCUCUAGUUAGACCCCCCAGGGGCUCUUUCACCCCCUCUUUAGGUCACGCUUAUAGCUCUAGCUUCAUAACACCCAAUUCUACCUUCUACCCACCACAAAGAGCUCAACCAAGCAUUUCAACACUAUCCAUGCCAAACCUGUUUAGCCAGGUUCCAGCCGUGCCGCCAGCUAGCUCCUUAUUGCUGCAGAGCCACAGCCCUUCUCCCACAAGCUCUCUACAGCCAGCGUGUUUAAGUGGGCCUUCUAAAACCAGAACGUUACCGGUGGGCCAGUCCAGCUCAAAGGUAGAUCCCAAACAAGCACUAGCUCUCCUGUCUAAUGAACCCCCUUUGAUCCCUUCCAGGCCAGCUAAGGGCUUAGAGUCAGUGUUACUAUCCUCAAAAUCUGAGGAGACAAAAGAUCCAUUUGAAGAUUUGUUAAAAAAGACAAAGCAAGACGUGUCAUCCACACCAGGUAAGGUAGAGCAGCUCAGAAAGCGAUGGGAAACCUUUGAGUAA